AUGCGCAGAUCUAGUGAACCCUCAAUCUCCGAGGUUAACUGUGUUUUGGGUGACCCAAGAUCUCUUCGUGGAUGUGGCUGCGGCUGCGGCUGCUCGGUUCCACAAUCUCUUCUGUCUAUCUUGAGGCUAUCUAACUGUGGUCUUGUGAUGACAGGACUUGUAGUGACCCGAUUUCACGGUCGCCGGCACAUUUUUGGCACUGCAGUCUGCUUACCCCCAUCCUGUAAAAUGGGCACCACAUGUGCCCUCGAGCUGUCACCGGACCUUUAA